CAGAGCGGCGCGCAAGCGCACUGGGCCCGCCCGCCCGCCCGCAGGUCCUGGGGUACAAAGACAGCGCCGCGGAGAGCCGUGGUUCCCUGAGGUCUUAGGAGCCGCCUGGGGCUCCCUUCCGCCCAGCUCCGGGGCGCAGCCACGUCGUUUCCCACCCGGUGUCUGAGGCUUGCUAGUUUCCCCUCGAUAUCUUCGCCCUCGCAGGCUCUGCAGGGCCCGGGUGGAUCCGGUGCGUUUCAGGGUUUAAUUCUGGCGCUCGCAAGCCAGGGCCGGCUCCGCCCCCUCCGCUCCGCCCCCUCCUCCGAGGUCUGGGAGCAGCGGCCGAGCCAGCGAGCGGCUGGCGGGUCGCAGCAGGUUGGGAGGAACGCCUAGAGAAUGAUGGUCACUGUACUGGAUGGACUGCUGAACUAUUGAAUUACUUCCAUCUUUUGACCACACUAGGAAAUUGUCCAUGGAGUUGAAAUAUUUAUUGCGGUAAUUUCUGGCCUUACAUAAUUGAGGUUGAAUCCGUUUGGGAACUUGAUGCAUAAAAUUUGCAUGACUCCUCACUCCUUUCUGGAUCUGUCAUUGGAUUCAAGCCAGCAUGGCUCACACCGCGAAGGUUAACGGCUGUGCCUCAGGAAAAGCAGAUGAUGUUCUGAAUGGAGACCAUGACAAGGAACAUAAAGAUCCUUAUUUUGUGGAGACCCCCUAUGGUUAUCAGCUAGACUUAGAUUUUCUCAAAUACGUGGAUGACAUACAGAAGGGAAACACCAUCAAGAAACUGAACAUCCAGAAGAGGCGAAAACCAUCUGUGCCAUGCCCAGAAACCAGGGCCACACCAGGUCAGCAAGGUAUAUGGACUUCUACUGAAUCCCUCUCAUCCUCCAACAGCGAUGACAACAAGCAGUGCCCGAACUUCCUUCUAGCCAGAAGCCAGGUUACGUCAACUCCAGUCCCAAGACCACCUGCCCCUCUGGAGACUUCCCCUACUUUUCUUACCAUCCCAGAAAGUCGACAGCUGCCACCACCCUCACCACAACUCUCAAAGCACAACCUUCAUGUCACCAAGACACUGAUGGAGACCCGCAGAAGACUGGAACAGGAGAGAGUCACCAUGCAGACGCCGGGUGAGUUCCGAAGGCCCAGGCUGGCCAGUUUUGGAGGCAUGGGUUCCACGAGCUCUCUCUCCUCUUUUAUGGGUUCUGGAAACCACAAUCCUGCCAUGCACCAGCUUCAGAAUGGAUACCAAGGCAAUGGGGAUUAUGGUGGCUAUGCCCCAGCUGCUGCCACCACUUCUUCCAUGGGGAGCUCUAUCCGCCACAGCCCCCUGAGCUCAGGGAUUUCCACUCCAGUGACCAACGUGAGCCCCAUGCACCUGCAGCACAUCCGUGAACAGAUGGCCAUUGCUCUGAAACGCCUGAAGGAGCUUGAAGAGCAGGUGCGAACCAUCCCUGUGCUCCAGGUAAAGAUCUCGGUCUUGCAAGAGGAGAAAAGGCAGUUGUCCUCACAGCUGAAAAACCAAAGAGCUGCAUGCCAGAACGAUGUCUGUGGUGUGAGGAAGAGGUCCUACAGUGCUGGGAAUGCCUCCCAGCUGGAGCAGCUCUCCAGGGCCCGGAGAAGUGGCGGGGAAUUAUAUAUUGACUAUGAGGACGAAGAGAUGGAGAGUGUAGAGCAGAGCACACAGAGGAUAAAGGAGUUCCGGCAGCUCACGGCAGACAUGCAGGCCCUGGAGCAGAAGAUCCAGGACAGCAGCUACGAGGCCUCCUCGGAGCUCAGGGAGAACGGGCAGAGCCAGCCUCCAGAGUGCCGGUCUGUGGCUGUGGGCGCUGACGAGCACAUGGACAACAUUGUCGUGUACCACAGGGGCUCCAGGUCCUGUAAGGAUGCUGCUGUGGGGACAGUCACUGAGACCAGGAAUUCUGGGGUCAGCGUGACAGAAGCCAUGCUUGGAGUCACCACUGAAGCUGACAAAGAAAUUGAGCUGCAGCAACAGACGAUAGAAGCCUUAAAGGAAAAGAUCUACCGCCUGGAAGUACAGCUUAAAGAAACCACCCAUGACCGGGAGAUGACUAAACUCAAACAAGAGCUGCAGGCUGCUGGAUCGAGGAAAAAGGUUGACAAAGCCAUGAUGGCCCAGCCACUUGUUUACAGCAAGAUGGUGGAGGCCGUGGUGCAGACGAGAGACCAAAUGGCUGGCAGUCAUGUGGACAUGGUUGACACGUGUGUCGGGACCUCUGUGCAAACAAAUAGCAUAGGCAUCUCGUGUCAGCCUGACUGUGAGAAUAAAGUCGUGGGGCCAGAGCUGCCCAUGAAUUGGUGGAUUGUUAAGGAAAGAGUGGAAAUGCGUGAUCGAUGUACUGGGAGGUCUGUGGAGACGUGUGACAAGAGCGUGGGAGUGGACAUCAGUGUGUGCGAAACAGGCAGCAAUACAGAGGAGUCUGUGAAAGCCCUGACACUCCUCAAGACCAACCUCAGUCUCAAAGAAGUGCGAUCCAUUGGUUGUGGAGAUUGCUCUGUCGAUGUGACUGUCUGCUCUCCGAAGGAGUGCACCUCCCGGAGCAUAAACACGGAGGACGUUAGCCAGGUGGAAGCUGCCGUCAUGGCGGUGCCUCAUACCACCAGCCAGCACACCAAUACGAUUUUGGAACAGGUAAACCAGUUCACCAACACUGAGACAGCCACCCUUACAGAAUCCUGCACCAAUACCUCCCUCAGCACUUCGGACAAGCAGACCAGCACCCAGACUGUGGAGAUGCGGACAGUGGCUAUAGGAGAAGGCCGCGUCAAGGACAUCAACUCCUCUGCCAAGACACGGUCCAUCGGAGUUGGAACGGUGCUCUCAGGCACUUCUGGGUUUGACAGGCCAUCAGCUGUGAAGACCAAAGAAUUAGGUGUGGGGCAGAUAAAUAUUAAUGACAACUACCUAGUUGGUCUCAAAAUGAGGACUAUAGCUUGUGGGCCUCCCCAGUUGACUGUGGGGCCAACAGCCAGCAGGAGGAGCAUAGGUGUUGGGGACGAGCCUGUAGGAGAGUUCGAGGAGAGCCCCCAGCCCCAGGCUCCAUCUAGAAUGAUGACUGGCUUGGAUCACUACAUCGAGCGUGUCCAGAAGCUGCUGGCAGAACAGCAGACGCUGCUGGCUGAGAACUAUAGUGAAUUGGCAGAAGCUUUUGGGGAACCUCACUCACAGAUUGGCUCCCUCAACUCGCAGCUCAUCAGUACCCUAUCGUCGAUCAAUUCUGUCAUGAAGUCUGCAAGCACUGAGGAGCUGAGGAACCUUGACUUCCCAAAGACGAGCCUGGGUCGAGUCACAGGAAAUAAUUUGGAAUACACCUGUAAGUGUGGAAGCCUUCAGUCAGGAGGACCGUUGAACACACAGACAUCCCAGCAUGAGCGAGAGGUGGGGACCGCAGACGAGAGGCCCAUUGGCAGCCAGGAUGCCUUCCUCGCUCAGGAAGGCACGCUGUCUCCAGUGAACCUGACAGACGACCAGAUCGCCUCCGGCCUCUACGUAUGUACAAAUAAUGAAAGUACACUGAAGUCCAUCAUGAAGAAGAAAGAUGGUAACAAAGAUUCAAACGGAGCCAAAAAGAAUCUUCAGUUUGUUGGCAUUAAUGGAGGGUAUGAAACAACUUCAAGUGAUGAUUCCAGCUCAGAUGAAAGCUCUUCUUCCGAGUCAGAUGACGAGUGUGAUGCCAUUGAGUACCCUCCUGAGGAAGAGGAGGAGGAAGAGGAGGAUGAAGACACUCGGGGAAUGGCGGAAGGGCACCAUGCAGUUAAUGUUGAAGGUUUCAAGUCCGCCAGGGUGGAAGAUGAAAUGCAGGUUCAAGAAUGUGAACCUGAGAAGGUGGAAAUCAGAGAGAGGUAUGAAUUAAGUGAAAAGAUGUUGUCUGCAUGCAACUUACUGAAAAAUAAUAUAAAUGACCCCAAAGCUUUGACCAGCAAGGAUAUGAGAUUCUGUCUGAACACCCUCCAGCACGAGUGGUUCCGCGUGUCCAGUCAGAAGUCAGCCAUUCCAGCCAUGGUGGGGGACUACAUAGCCGCUUUUGAGGCCAUCUCCCCAGACGUCCUCCGUCACAUCAUCAACAUGGCCGAUGGCAAUGGCAACACGGCCCUCCAUUACAGCGUGUCCCACUCCAACUUUGAGAUCGUGAAGCUGCUCUUGGACGCUGACGUGUGUAACGUAGAUCACCAGAACAAGGCGGGCUACACCCCCAUCAUGCUGGCAGCCCUGGCUGCCGUGGAAGCAGAGAAAGACAUGCGGGUUGUAGAAGAACUCUUUGGCUGUGGGGAUGUCAAUGCCAAAGCCAGCCAGGCGGGGCAGACAGCCCUCAUGCUGGCGGUCAGUCAUGGGCGGAUAGACAUGGUGAAGGGCCUGCUGGCCUGUGGGGCUGAUGUCAACAUCCAGGACGACGAGGGUUCCACUGCCCUCAUGUGUGCCAGCGAGCACGGGCACGUGGAGAUCGUCAAGCUGCUGCUGGCCCAGCCAGGCUGCAACGGCCACCUGGAGGACAACGAUGGCAGCACAGCGCUCUCCAUAGCCCUGGAAGCAGGACACAAGGACAUCGCCGUUCUUCUCUAUGCCCACGUCAACUUCGCAAAAGCCCAGUCUCCGGGCACCCCCAGGCUUGGAAGGAAGACAUCUCCUGGCCCCACCCACCGAGGUUCAUUUGACUGAUUGUAUGCAAAUAGCCGUCCAUUUACAUGCCACAUUAAGCUGCUAAUUGUUCUUGUUGGGGGUGACAAAUACUGAAUGUAUACAUUUUGUGCCUGAACUCACCAGCAAACAGAAGGCAGAAAACCAAGGGUUGAAGGCUGGAGCUGUCACAGUAGAAGUUGAGCCAGCAGGAAUUUGCUGGCCCGGCUGGGCACACGCCGCCUCCCUUCUGGCCAUCUGCCCUCUGGGUGGGGCACACUUUACCCCCGUCUCUGUUGCUGUUGAGUCUCUGCUCCGUUAUGUACAGUUGUAGGAAAUUGUAACCUGACCUGAGUGGACGUCUUCUCAACCACCCCCACCCCCCACGCCCCACUGCUGAGAAGUGUCAGGUUCUCAUUCCAGCGGUGUUUUUAAAAUUUUCCACAAGUAUUUAUAUUUCCUAAAGGUGGAACCAUUGGAAAGCUCUUCAAAAAUUCCAUUUCCAGGAUGGUUUUGUUGAUUUCUCUUUUGUCUGUAUUAUUUUAAAGUAAGGAAGUUGAGAUGACUUUGAUCCUUGGUAACUUGGGCCCGGAUUGGUAGGUUUCUGUCUUAAAAAGAAAAGAUGGAACUCUCAGAAAGUAUAGAAUUUACAAAAGGAAAUCUUUUCAGUUGCUUUUAUCUAGGUGGAUGUAUUAUAUGACUUUUUAUAUAAAAGGUGUCUAUAAAAAAUUGACACAGUAUUUUCAACUUUUAUAUUCCAUAGUAAUUAAAGACAUGAAGAACUAUAUGUAACAUUACCAUAUUUUUAUUAAUAAUUGCACAACUCUGUAUCUAUUGAUCAAAGUUGAAUUGUUAGAGGAAUUGGCUCUGUAUUUGCUUCUAGAGAAACAUAGUGUAGUUAGUCCUCCACAUAUUUAUGGAUUCCUUUAUACCAUGUCACAUUUACUUUGGUCUUAUAUGUAUUUAAAUGUUUGAAGUGCCUUAGACUCUUGCCAUAUUUUCAAAAUAAAAUUUCAUUAAGCUCU